AAAACAAAAACUAAAAAAAAAUACAAAACACACACAUGUAUACACAGUUUUUAUAAAAAUGAGCAAGAAACAAGAUGAUCCGUAUUACGAUACCAAGCGCAUGGCCAGGCUAGAUUUUUCCUCUGUGCGCGCCACGCAAAUCUCUUGUGUGCUACGCGUUAUGAAUGAAGCCUUGGAGCGCGUUAAGAUCUCACUGAUCCUACCUAGAUUACUGGGGGAUACCAAGCUGCUUGCAAAAGUGCUUACUGGCACUAUCUAUGCGCCCGGACUGCGCCUCGUCGAUGACUUUGUGCGCCGACGUAACAUUAUACUAAAGGAGCAGCGACCGCCAUUAAUGGACCACGGCAUGAUCAAAAUCAUUGACUUCUUUCAACGCAAUCAUCCAAUGUAUAAGCUAUUUCCAAAGUUUAUGAAUGAGCUGACGCUGGCAGAGCGUAAGUUGCUCAGUGCUUUUGAAAAUCUACAUGACAUAGCCCAGCAUCAUAUCGAACGCAAUGCUAAGAAGCACAUUGCACAGGAGCGGCGCAUGUAUAAAAUUUAUCAAGAGAAUGAAACAGUUAAGGCCAACAUUGAUGAUCUGCAGGCGCGUCUGCAAGCUGAAAAGGUGCGACUGCGUUGGAAAAUUGCAGCCAAGGAGGCUUAUAUGAAAAAAUGCCAGGACGAGUUGAAUAUUAAAAUAGCUGCAAAUGAUUUGCGCAUACAAAGAGAAAGUGAUCGCUGCCGUCGUUUAAUACGCGCUAAUCAAAAGGCCAGCACAGAGAAGUUCAAUGAUUUGCAGGAAACGCUGCAAAAGGUGCGCGCCGAGCAUCAAAAGCAGACAAAGGAAUUUCGCAAGUAUGAGAAGGAUACGCGUGCUGAAAAAAACAAGCUUAUGCUGCAGCUGGAAGCUGUAAUCAAAAAAUAUGACCAGAGCAUAGGCGAAAAAAUGCGCGAAAACUUUGAGCUGGAGGAGGAAAUGAAAGUAGCGCAAAGGGAAGUAGAUGCAUUUAUGAAAACUUAUCACAGAGAAGAGGCCAUCUAUAAGGCGAUUGUUAUCAAACGCGAGGAAGAGGAGCAGAAAAGAAAACUGCGACGCAUUAUGAUCUACAUGAUGAAUCUAGCCGCACGUAAAAUACAAAGAUAUUGGCGCAAAUGGCGUAGAGAUCAAGCCAAAAAGAACAAACGCUUAAGUCGUGCAAUCAACAAGAAGAAGAAGAAGUAGACAACUCUUUGGCAUAAUAAUUUUAAAAAUUGAGCUUAAAAUUGUCAAGCUACAAGCUUUGUAUCAGUUGCAGGCACAAGCAUUUGUGAUUUACUUGUAUGCAGCUUGUAGACAGUUAAUAAAUUGUUUAGUGAUGGUCAGCGCCAUGUCUCGAUUAUUG